UGCUGAUCUAUUCAAAGUCGGUGUUGCAAUAGCGGAGUUUUUCUCGUAAAUAUACGAUACUAAAAUCUUUCAAUAAUACUAUACAACAAUAGAAAUGUUAUGGUUUAUCUAAAGGUGUUUUUUUAAAUAUGUCAUCAAUUUUCUUUAAAUAUUAAUAAGAUAAAAGAUACGGGUUAAAUGUUCUGAAGUUGUAUACGAUUGCAUUGGCGCCACGGGAAGUGAGUUAAUUUUUUAAUGUUGGUACACCUGCCUAACUACGUGGUCGCAGUAGAUCUCAAAAAUGUAAACAUGUAUUGAUAAUACUACGAAUAGAAUCAUAAUGAUUCAUUAAAUUGAUAAUUUUAUCUAUUCUGUAACUAUCCGUAUCAAUAAAUUUGGUAAAAUAGUAUCACCAUUCCAUUUGAAAUUAAAAUUGAAUAAUUCCAAUUUAUAACCGAAGUGAACAUAGUCAAAAGCGCCGUCGAGCGCUGCAGAAAUUGAAGUCCGUAAUGGCGGACGCUAAUAAUUUGGAAGUUUUGUGAACCUAUUGUUCUGUUUUUCGUAAUUCAGGCUGUUUACGUACCCAGGAAUGCGCGUCGUUAUAUGUGGACGUAUACGGUGUGUGAUAAUCGUGCAAGUGUAUUGAAAUGUUGUAUUAUGACGUGACAAAAGCGCCUGCUAGAUAUGUAACCUUUUCCCUAACCUCGUUUACGCCAAUGAAGUAGAUAUGUGAUCGAUGUGUGUUCGUCGACAAACGAUAUUUAGUACGUUUUUCAUUACAAUCAGUGCGUAAUUAAUCAGUAUUUUAGUGAUGGAAGUGUCCACGUCGCGGUUUUGGAAUCCGACGCCCGAUUUCGAUGUAACGUAAGCGAGCCGGUCGAUCGCAAAAGCGAGUGUAAGCAGGGACGGCCGUUGUCAGCCGAACAUGGCUGCGACGCAGGCAGAGUCCCAGCGAAGCGAAGCGAACGUUGAGCAAAAUCCUCCGGAACAGCUCAGUGAAUCUCGGAACGCUCUAUUACAAAACGGCACCGACAAGACCAUUGGGCGCGUUCCGCCCGAUGGCGUCGUGAACACAAAGAGCAAGUCGCCUAUGUCGGCCGAAACGGGCCCGCCACGCGACGGUGGCGAGGCGCCCGGCCACGAUCGGCCCGGAGAGCGGCCGUUAACGGACCAGUAUGGUCAGUAUAGAUACCCGGAAGCCGCAGAUCCGUAUUACGCGCGGCCUGGUUUUCCCGGUAAACCAAGGCCACCUCCGCAGCAACCACGUUUCUUUCCUGGGCAAGCGGUAUCACAAGCACCAGGGCCCACGCCGACGUUAAACUCGCUAUUACAGUCGAGCGGGGCGCCGCCACAUCGUUACCCAAACAGCUAUGAACAGCCCCCGGCGGGCUAUGGGCCAGGAUGGCCUCCACGCCCUAUGCCACCCUACAAUCCUCAAAGCAGUCCAUAUAGAAAUUCAACACCACCUCGGGGAUACGUAGCACCUCCUUACGGCGCUGGAGCGCCAGGAGGACCCCAACAACCCCCGGGAGCUUAUGGCCCUCCAGGUGCUUACCCUCAAAGGUAUCCGCCGCCGCCUGGCCCGCCCGGAGCGCCGAAUUCACGACCGCCCUUCUCGUCACAUCAAGGAUAUGAACGGGGCGGCUCCCCGCAACCUCAAUCCCAGCCACCGGGCGCGCCCAGUCCUGGGGCCUCGAGUGCACCAGGUGCGAUGUCCCCAACCCAAGACUCGCAACAUCCACCGCAUAUGCCACCUCAUGGAUCACAGCCACCGCAGCAUCAAGGUUACCCUCCUCCGUCAAGGCCACCGCAGACGUCCACGCCGAACACCCAAGACCCAGAAUCUGAUCUGACAGGGCAGAACAGCAAUGACUCUGGUGGAAGCGGGGGUGCGGGUCGCGCCACCACGCCGCACCUGAGACCUACGCCCAGCCCAACCGGCUCCAGCGGCUCGCGAUCGAUGUCACCCGCUGUUGGUACACAGAACGUUGCGAUGCCGCCGAGAACGCCGUCGUCGAUGCCCGAGGGAGGCGGACAGGCGCGGGCGCCGACGCCCGGUGCCGGGCCGCCGCCGGGCGCCAUGGUGCCUCAGCCCUAUCCGCACCACGCCGCGUACAAGGCGCCGCACUACCCCCCGCAACCGCCCUACGGAUAUCCGCCGGCCAGGAACCAUCAUCCUUACUCGUACGGAUACCGGCCGCCGCCGCCGCAUCCGCCUCAGCAUUAUCCACCGCUCAAGCAGGCGGGAGCGCGGCACAUGGGGCCGAUGGGCGCGGGCGGGGAGGGCGCCAUGCCGCCGCCCACCGCGCCGCUGGAGCACGACAACGGUCCCGCGCCGCCCGCCACCGCGCUCGUCACCACCGGCCCCGACGGCGCGCCCCUCGACGAGGGCAGCCAGCAGAGCACGCUCAGUAACGCUUCCGCAGCUUCCGGCGAGGAGUGCUCGUCCGGCAAGGGCCGCAAGGAGUACAGCGGCAGCGCGGCGCCCUCGCCCUCCCCGGGAGGCGCGUCCCACUCCUCGCUGCACGAUGACUACGACGCGUCGCCCUCCUCCUGGCCGCGUCCGCCCUCCUCGCCCGUGUUUAACAGUCACAUACCGCCGGAGACCUACAGAUCAAAGGCUGAAAACCAAAGGAAACGUCGCGUAGGAGAGUCUUCGUCAGGCCCGAAGUCGGACUCGCUGGGCAAGCUGUACGAGAUGGACGAGUCGCCGGAGCGGCGCGGCUGGGUGGAGCGCCUGCUCGCCUUCAUGGAGGAGCGCCGCACGCCCAUCGCCGCCUGCCCCACCAUCUCCAAGCAGCCGCUCGACCUGUACCGCCUCUACCUGCUCGUGCGGGACCGCGGCGGCUUCGUCGAGGUGACCAAGAAUAAGACGUGGAAGGACAUCGCCGGUCUGCUCGGCAUCGGCGCCUCGUCGUCGGCCGCGUACACGCUGCGCAAGCACUACACGAAGAACCUGCUGGCGUACGAGUGCCACUUCGACCGCGGCGGCAUCGACCCGCAGCCCAUCAUCAACCAGGUCGAGGCUUCCACCAAGAAGAAGGGCGGGAAGGCGAACAACGCCGCCAGCGCGGCGGGCUCGUCCAACGCGGCGGAGUCGUUCGGGGCGGGGGGAGGCGCGGGGGGCGGGCCGGGCGCGGCGCCGCUGGACUAUCCGCCGCAGUACGCGCCCUACCCGCCGCAACCCAACCACGCCCAGGGCGGCGGCGCGGGCGGCGACAACCUCGCCGCCUCCAACCCAUUCGACGAGCCGCCGCGCCGCCCUCCAGGUUACCAGCAAGGCUACGGUUAUGAGUAUGGCCCUCCGUACCAGCCUAACAGGCCGGUCUACCCACCUUAUGGCCCCGAAGGUGACAGGGGGUACCGUCCGGGCGGCGGCGCUGGCGGAGGCGGCGGCGAGUACCAGUACGGGGGGUACGGGGGCGCCUACCGCGGCGGAGCGCCCGCCCCGCCCGGCACGCCGCCCCCGCCCCCCGCCGCGCAGCCCUACCCGGACUACUACCGACACCAGCCGCCGCACCAGCCGCAGCACCCGCCCCAACACCCGCCCCAGCACCCGCCGCAACACCAGCCGCCGCAUCAGCCCCCGCACGACGCGCAGAGUGUCGGUAACCUAAUGAGCUCGCAGCUCGCGCGGCAGCUCGUGGCGCCCCUGCCGCCCGCCGCGCGCCCCUACUAUGGGGGCGGCAAGCCGAUACCGGGAGGCGGGGCUGCCCCGGGCGGCGCCAGCAGUCCGCGCCGACAUCCGGACUUCGCGAAAGGCGAGGGCGCUGGGUACGCCGGUGCGCCGGGUGCGGUGGGCGGCGUGGGCGCGGUGGGCGCGGCGGGUGCCAGGUUCGGCGGCGCGUGGGCAGGCGCCUUCCCACGCGCGCCACAACCGCCCGCGCCCUCGGCAGCGUGGCGCCCGCCGCCCGCCGGCCCCCAGCCGCCACCAGCCUGGACACACCAACCUUACCCCUCACAGACGAGCGGUGGUCCAACGUGGGGCGGAGCACCGCGACCUCCCACCCAAGACGGCUAUCCACCAUCAUCUGUUCCAUCGACUGGCGUGACGACAGCUGGAACGCAAAUAAAGCGAGAACUAACAUUUCCCACUGAGUGCGUCGAGGGCGCCGUACCCAGCGCAGAGAAGCGGCGGCGACUCACCCGCGCUGACGUGGCCCCCGUCGACGCCUGGCGUAUCAUGAUGGCCCUCAAGUCCGGCCUUCUGGCAGAAACUUGCUGGGCGCUCGAUAUCCUCAACAUUCUACUCUUCGACGACAAUUGCAUAGGAUACUUCGGGCUCCAACACAUGCCGGGCUUGCUCGACCUGUUGCUCGAACACUUUCAUCGAAGCCUCAGCGACGUGUUCGACGCGCCUCCCACAGAUGAAGAUCCGUGGUAUGCGCCUCCUCGGUCGCCGACACCUCCCCCCGCCCCGCGGCCCGCCGCCGCCCCGCCCGACCCCGCCCACCGCGUGCGGGUGAUCUCCGGCGAGAACUACACGCUGCAGUCACGCCGCCGGCAUCCCGUGCACCUGCGCUCCGAUGACGAACUGUUCGCGCCAGAGGACGAACCCGAAGAUCCGCCCGACGGCGUCCAGGACGUGCUGGAGCCCUGGCAGCUCUCACCAGCUCCGCCGGCCGCCGCCCACCUUGUGCCCUGCUUCCGGGCUGAGCAUCUCCAUCUCCAGUUUGCGCGCGUCAUGCCGGCGCGACGGCGGCCCUCCCCCCCGCCGCCCUCACCCGCACCCGAGCCCCGCCUCGCCACCCCGCCCCCUCCGCCGGAAACGCCGCGACCAGAUUCAGACGAUCUCGACGAGCAACCCAUGGAUCUAGAACCGGAGCGCAGGCCCGCUCUAGUGGUGCGCGAUCCAGCCGGAGUCCUCAAACGGCGCCGCCUCGAGGAUUAUGAAGACGAAUGUUAUGAACGCGACGAACCCAGUCUCAAUUUAAUCAGUGAAACGAGGGACGCUCUGGCGCGACGUUGCAUCGCCCUAUCGAACAUUUUGCGCGGACUCACUUUCGUUCCCGGUAACGAAGUAGAAUUUUCACGGUCAGGUGCGUUCUUGGCGCUAGCCGGCAAACUGCUGCUGCUGCAUCACGAGCACGCGCCCCGAGCGGCCCGGGCCCGCGCCUACGAGCGCGCGGCGCGGGACGACGCGGACGCGGCCGCCUGCUGCUCGUCGCUGCGCGGCGGGGCCGAGUGGUGGUGGGACACGCUGGCGCAGCUCCGCGAAGACGCCCUCGUCUGCUGUGCGAACAUAGCGGGCGGCGUGGAACUUGCGGGGCAGCCCGAGGCCGUGGCGCGGCCCCUGCUGGACGGCCUGCUGCACUGGAGCGUGUGUCCGGCUGCCGUCGCGGGAGACGCUCCUCCGGCCGCGGGCGCCGCCUCCCCUCUGUCGCCGCGCAGGCUCGCGCUGGAGGCGCUGUGCAAGCUCUGCGUGACGGAUGCGAACGUGGACCUGGUGCUGGCGACACCGCCGCGCGGUCGCAUCGCGGCGCUGUGUGCCGGCCUGGCGCGGGACCUGUGCCGGCCGGAGCGGCCUGUGGUGCGAGAGUUCGCCGUGAACCUGCUGCACUACCUGGCGGGCGCUGGCGAGCCGGUGGCGCGCGAGGUGGCGCGACACCCUCCGGCGGUGGCGCAGCUGGUCGCCUUCAUCGAGCGCGCCGAGCAGACGGCGCUGGGGGUGGCCAACCAGCACGGCGUGGCGGCGCUGCGGGACAACCCGGACGCGAUGGGCACGAGCCUGGACAUGCUGCGGCGCGCGGCCGCCACGCUGCUGCGGCUGGCGCGCCACCCGGACAACCGCCCGCUGAUCCGCCGCCACGAGCGCCGGCUGCUGUCGCUGGUCAUGAGCCAGAUCCUCGACCAGAAGGUGGCGCACGAGCUGGCGGACGUGCUGUACUUCUGCAGCCAGCAGCGCGUGGACGACGACCUCCAGGAACAUUGAGUCGAGUGAUAGUGACUGUGAGUGACGGCGGACGGUUACCCCGCGGGUGCUCUGUACAUAUAGGCUUACGGACCGCCGCCCUCGCCGACUGAACGAAACUUCUUUGUUAUUUAUGUCCAUGAUGGUUUAUUUACACGGAUGUCAAUGUGCUAUAAUCGAUUUCUAUUGUUCGAUUGAGAAAGAUGUAUUAUAACUCGUAAUUUUGAUUUUUAUAAUAAAAUGGGACUUGAAUCUGUUUAUUGGUUUUAUGAUGGAGAAUUUAUACCGAAGUACCCUUAGCGCCUUUGUCUAUAAGAGAACCUAGUGGAAGAGUGUGAGGAGCUUAUGUGGGCUAUAAGUUUAGUUAAGUUUAAUGUGAAUUAUUACAAUAAUCUAUAAUAUAUUGAAAUUGAAUCUGAAA